UAAUUUGGCGCUGUGCACACAUCCUGAUUUUGAGUAUAUAAAAAUUAAGGAUGAAUUAUCCGGAAAGAUAUACAUUCUUCUAGAAAAAUGUUUAAAUAUCUUAUAUAAAGACCCCAAGAAGGCUAGAUUUAUUAUAAUGGAGAAAUUGUUGGGUAGAGAUAUGAAAGGAUGGGAAUACACACCUCUAUUUGAUUAUUUUGUUCCUAAGUUCAAAGAUAAAGGAUUUAUCGUCGUCAACGAUACCUACGUUACUGACGAUAGUGGUACCGGAAUUGUUCAUCAGGCUCCGGCUUUUGGUGAAGACGAUUAUCGCGUAUGCAUUGCGAAUAAUAUAAUAAGUGAGGAUGGAUAUCUUCCAUGCCCCGUUGAUGAACAAGGUCGUUUUACUAACGAAGUGCCAGACUUUGCUGGAAUUCAUGUGAAG